AUGGAUGAGGGUAGAUCUUUAAACAUCGUUGAGAACUUAUCAAAUAAGGACUUAAAUGUUACUAUGGGUGAGGAAAAUUCGAGAUCUACUAUCGAAACUUCAACUAUUGCACCACCACCACCUUUUUCACCACCACCAACUUCAACUAUCAUACAAAAAACAGUUUGUGUUCUUUCUCCUACAUUCCAAGGUGUCAUCAAUCAACCUAUCACUUCCUUAUUCUCUUUUCAAUCAACAGAUCAAGAGACGCCGAGUAAUGAAGAUAAAGAAGAGGAUGAAAUGGUUGCAUUUGAUGAGCUUGAGUUUGAUCAUGAAGAAUAA